AACAGCCAGCCAGGACGAUUCGCCCGACGAUGAUGAUGUGGCGAUUCUCUCCAGCAGCGACAGCGACCACGAGAAGUCCGAUCAGUCCAGCACCGAUCACGAGAUGGAGGUGGAUACUGACACACCCGACAGGGGCACAGUGGGAGUCAAGGAGAAGGCUAACAGACGAAGGAGCGUGCAUGACGUCGCUGGUGGCGAUGGUGACGGCGACCUGAAGGCCACGGGCCAGGCGCUGACGCCCAAGCAGCAGCGACUGUUCGAGCAGCGGCGCAAGGCGCGCGAGGAGAAGGAGCACAAGCUGCAGGAGGAGCGCCGCCUCAAGCAGCAGGAGAAGGAGCAGCGCGAACAGCAGCGCAAGGUGGAGCGCGACCAGAAGGAGGAGCUGCGGCGCAAGGAGCGCGACGAGAAGGAGGAGCUGAGGCGCAAAGAGCGCGAGGAGAAGGAGCGCAAGCGCCAGGCCGAGGUCGACACGAAGAACGAGGAGAAGCGCAAGCGCAACGAGGCCAAGGAGGAGGUGCAGCGCAAGCGGGACGAGGAGAAGCGCCGCAAGGAGCUCGAGAAGGAGGAGGCCGAGCAGAAGAAGAAGCGCGCUGCCGAAUCCUUCACCAAGUUCUUUGUCCCGAAGCAGCCCAAGGGCUCCGGCUCCGGCUCGGGCCCAGGGUUGGACGUCUCCGCCACACUGGAGCAGGAGCAGAGCAGCUGCGACAGCACCAAGAUGAGCUGCCAGUCGCUGGCCUUCCGUCCCUUCCAGGUCAAGGACGACAUGCUGCUGGCCCCCGUCGUGCGGGCUUGCCUUGGCGGCAAGCAGCGCUCCCAGCUGGAUGGCCUCUUCCGCGAGCGCAACGAGGAUGCAUCGGAUGACGAGGAGGAACCCGAGGAAAUUGGCCGCCGCAAGCGACCCAACCGCGCGCAGCUCUACCUGUCGGAGCUGGGGAAAGGCACACGCCAGCCCCUCAAGAUGCAGCGCGACGUGCGGCUGCAGCGGCGCACCAAGGAGGAGGAGAGCGAGGAGGAGGUGCAGGUGAUAGAUGAUCUGACCAAUGCCGGCACGCCCAUUGAGCAGGAGGAGCAGGCCAAGCAGAUGCCCAGGAUGAGGGCCAAGUAUUUGCAGUUUGCCGACAAUCGUCGGCCUCCGUACUAUGGCACCUGGCGCAAGAGGAGCCAGUCCAUCUCCGCCCGUCGCCCCCUGGCCCAGGAUAAGGUGCACUUUGACUACGAAGUUGACUCGGACUGCGAGUGGGAGGAGGAGGAGCCGGGCGAGUCGCUGAGCGCCAGCGAGGACGAGAAGGAGCGCGAGUCUGAGGAGGAGUCCGAGGAGGAGUACAACGAGUGGUAUGUGCCCCAUGGCCAUCUCAGUGACGAGGAGCUGCAGAACGAUGGCGAAAUGGAUGACGGACACACGCGCGAGGCCCAGAAGGCCAAGCUGCAGGUGCUCCAGCAGGAGUUUGCCCAGGAGAUGAAGAAGCAGACGAGAAAGAUCAAGCCACGGCUCCUCGGGCCCGUCUGGCUGGACGAGAACGGCAACAAGUCGCCGCUGUGUCCGGCCAUCUUUGCCCAGACAAUCGACUCGUAUGGCAGCUGGCAACUGGAGCCGGUCAGCAUGGUGCCGCCGCCAGAGACGGUGCGGGAGGAGGCGGCUGCCACCGCCCCAUCCAGCCCCCUGCAGCUGGACGAGCGGCUGCUGCAGCAGCUGGUGCGGCUCACGCAUGGCAAUCGCAACGCGAAGGCCUUCCUGAUCUCCGAAUAUCUGGAGUACCUGAAGACGCAGACCGGCCAGGAGUCGCAGCUGCUGCUGCCGUCGAAGGCCCUGAUCCGCGAGAAGUUCGAUGAACUGGCCACCUGGUCGACUAUGGAGCUCUCCACGCCAGACGCUGCAGCGGGCAGCAGCAGCGCGAAGAAAUCGAAGAAGCCCAAGAAGCGCCUCUGCUGGAUGGUGGGCCCCGAGAUGCUCGAGAAAUUCCAGCUGGCCGAGCUGUCGGUGCAGAAUCAAUGGGAGUACACGCUCACCCCCAAGAUCACAGAGCCGGAGACGCCGCCACAGCACGAGCUUAGCCCGCCCGCCGAGCCCGAGCAACCACCCAAGGAGGGCAAGGAGUCGCCGGUGGCCCCAGUGGAUGCGUCGAGCAUGCCCAGCACUCCGACGCAGCAGGUGGCCCCCAAGAAGCGGAUCACCCUGAUAUCCGGGCCCCGGGAACUGUCCAGCCCCGGCGCCGCGAAGAACGGCCUCAUUAGCCAGUUCCUGCGCCGCCAGAGCGAUGCGAGUCCCAGCAACAAGACGGCUCCGAAGAGGCCACCAACCAAAGCUAACGACAGUGCGGCGGCAGCGGCAGCGGCGGAGGUGGUGCUGCUAUCCGACUAGCAGUCCUCCCACACGACAACUGGCCAAUGGGACACAUCCUCGUAGCAUUAUUAACUCGUUUUUUUGUAUAAGUUAUCAUCUAAUAUAAUCAUAUAAUAUCCACCGAUGUACGUUUUGCUUGUAUGGACAACCUCCUACCUACCCCUUACUCGUCUGUAGAUCUGUUCUGUAGAAUGCUUGAUCUAAGCGUAUGAAUACCCGAUCUGUAAUUACGCCCAUACGAACUAGAUCAAUUCCAAUUCCACGAUGAACGAUGAACGAUGCUGUCGAAUCAUUUUAACAUUAACACAAAUAUAAAUAUAACAGAUAAAAUAAGCGAAUGCUUAUUACAUUUACUCCUCGCAUAUUCUCUAGCAUUCAAAUAAAUAUGUACUUUACUUAACUUCAUUAUGUGUUCGCGUUCGACUCCCAACGUCCCUAAUGUUAAGUAAACUCGUAAAGUUCUCAUACUCGUAUGUGCAACUCGUCUCUAUGGUAGACGAUCUAUCACCUGUCACACACACUUUUCCUGUGUGUUCUGUCUCUCUCUCUCUGUCAUCAGUCCUUGGAGCAACCGAUCUAUAUACCUAUGUCGUCCUAGGUCUAAGACCUGCUUAUGCGUAUGCAUCAAUCCUCUAGCCGCCUCUAUCACUUCUAUCACAUAUAUUCCCCAUAUAAAUGGCAAUGGAA